AGCUUACAGCAUUGAUUUGCCAUGGAAGAAUUCCAGCAAUGGCUUUUCACUUUAAUUGGAGCCACCAUUUGUUUGAUUUGUCUGGUGAACUGCAUUUGGUUUUUGAAAUAUUUCUACCCACGUAUAUGGAGUCCAGUGCCUCAGUCUUUUUUUCGGUCAAUGGGAGAAUGGGCAGUAAUCACAGGAGCAGGAGAUGGGAUUGGAAAAGCCUAUUCGUUUGAGCUGGCCAAGCGGGGAUUAAAUACUGUUCUGAUCAGCAGAACUCUUGAAACGCUGAGGAAGGUAGCCUCUGAAAUUGAAAAAGCCACAGGCAGAAAUGUGAAAAUCAUACAAGCUGAUUUCACCAAAAAUAAUAUAUAUGAUGAUAUUGAAAAAAGUCUUCAAGGUUUAGAAAUUGGAAUUUUGGUUAACAAUGUUGGAAUGCUUCAUAAUCCCCAUCCAUGUUGUUUUCUUAAUGGAUCAAAGGAAGAUGAGGAUCUUAUCAAUUGCAACAUGAUCUCAGUAUCCAAGAUGACACAGAUAAUUAUGAAACAGAUGGUAUCAAGACAAAAAGGACUUAUUCUGAACAUUGCUUCUGCUGUUGGCACUUUCCCCUGUCCAUUAUAUACCAUCUAUUCUGCUUCUAAAGCUUUUGUGUACACAUUCUCAAAAGCACUUCAAGUGGAAUAUAAAGGAAAGGGAAUUAUCAUACAGGUAGUGACUCCUUUUGGUGUAUCUACUCCAAUGUCCAUGAACCCAAAGCCUAAUCUAAUCACAAAAUCAGCAACAGCGUUUGUCAGAGAAUCCCUGGAUUAUGUCAAACUCAGCGAUGAAACACACGGAUGCUUAGCCCAUGAGAUCUUGGCACUGUUCCUGCAUUUCAUCCCUUUGUGGGUCUUCCACACCAACAAAGUACAAGAAACAAUCCUACGCAUGAUACCAGAGUACAAGAAAAAGAUGCAGAAGAGUACUUGACCAAUUACAUGGUACAUGUAAUUAUCUGAUGAUCUGCUAUGAAUUAUGAAUAUAAACAGUUGAAACAUUUUCAAUACAAGUAUAAAGAACCCCUCAAAGUCAGUGCUGGUCUUCUUAAAACUAUUUUUCCAGUUACAGUUUUCAUGAUCUGUUAACAGCUUCUGCUUUUGCAACCCUUUCUGUAACCUGAGUUUGUAGAUGUUACGUAUUUCAAAACAAUUUAAUAGUCAAUUGGUAUUACUCAUUAUUGCAAUAUUGUCUUUGAAGAUUUACUCCCACGGGUGGUGUGAGAACUCUGUAGAAAUUGUAGUGUGUGUGAGCAUAACGUCAUUUUAAAUGGGGUAAAAAGGUUUUCUGGUGAUAGAGGAAGAGACUUUCAGAAGUUGUUUCCUUUUAGUGGGAAAGGAGGUUCAGAUGCAAGGGCUGGUAGUUACAAGCAAAUAGAAGAAUGGUCAUUUAGUUAUUAAUCUUGGGUGGGGGAAUUGCAACAGGAAGACUGAGAUGUAAAAUGAGAACUAGAAAGAUCUGAAGGCAGCAUCAGGGACCUGUGUGUAUGUUUGGAUUUGACUGGGGUGGGGAUGAGCUUUUUAAAAAAGUGAACUUGAAAAUAAACUUCAAACCUGACAUAUAAUAGGAAUUGGAAGAAGGUAUCCAUACCAGUAUUUGAGGUGUUUAAAAAUUUGCAAAUUCUGAAAUUUGUUUCCUACCCCAGUUUAAUUUCUAUUUGAAAAUUCAUACGUCAAUUUAUAUUGAAAUUUUUGAAAUACAACAUCUUUAAGUUUGAGUAAGUUUGAGUAAAUUGUUUGAGUAAAUUGUGCAGCAACCCAUCCAUGCCAUGUUUACAUUGUGUUAAAUUAACGCCCCUAACAUUAAACAAAAAAUCUGCUUCAUGUUA